GCUACUGACCAGGAGAGGAGGUCAAAGCAGCAGCCCGGUGGAGGAAGAGGAGAUGGAAGACCUCCAGCUGGCAGCGCCGGACUCAUUGCGUGUGGAGAGCUCUGUGUUUGUGGACCAGCUCACACAGGGACUACUUUCUCACUACCUACCGGAUCUCCAGAACUCUAAACGAGCCCUCCAGGAGCUCACACAGAAUCAGCUGGUCCUAUUGGACACUCUGGACCAAGAGGUCACCAAGUUCAGAGACUGUAACGCUUUACUGGACCUCGACUCACUGUUUACAGAGGCCAAGGUUUACCACAAUAAACUGGUGACCAUAAGGAAGGAGAUGAUUGUGCUCCACGAAAAAACCACCAAGCUAAAGAAAAGAGGGCUGAAGCUGCAGCAGCAGAAGCAGAAGGAGGAGCUGGAGAAGGAGCAGCGGCGCGAGAAGGAGCUCGAGAGAGAGCGGCAGCUUGUGGCCAAACCGGCAAAAAGACAUUAGGACCCCAAGAAUGAACUUGGCUCCAGCGACACUGUGAAGACUCCAGAAGUUCUUUGAGGGGAACAGAAGUCUCAGACUCAUGGAGGAGAAUCAGCGAGUGGCUGAGAGGCCGAGGUCCGCCGACCAGCCGCUCCUCGCCGGUCCGUUUGUUGAGCAGACCUUCCAAGAGGCCCAGGUCCACUUGCAGUCCGCCAGCUGACCCACAAUCCUUUGUGAAGAAGAGGUUCAGGAUGCAUGGUCCGUCCCGAUUGAACGUGCAUUGCAUGCAACAGACUUUAUAAAAGUAGCUGCAGUGCGGUCCAUAAGUACAAUUCAAUAAAUGUGAUUUUGAACUUG